AUGCCGCGCAUCGAGCUCAACGGAGCCGACUUCAACUAUAGCAUCGCCGGGCCACCCGGCGGCCGGCUCAUCAUCCUGCUCCACGGAGGACGAGGCUUUGGUGAUCACCGCUCGGAUUUCAGCGCGUACAAGCCGCUCGCCGACCAUGGCGACGGCUACCGCGUCCUGGGCUUCGACUACCGCGGCCACGGCCGCAGCUCGUGCUCGCCGCCGUACACGUUCGCGCAGCUGGUCGACGACAUCGACGCGUUCAGACGGCACUUUGCCGGGGAGGAGGGGAAGGCCGUGGUUGCGGGCGGGAGCUUUGGGGGGUACCUUGCGCAGCAGUACGCUAUAACGUAUUCUAAUAAGGUGUCGCAUCUGGUACUGCGCGGGACGGCGCCGUCGCAUCACCAUGAAGAAGAAGCUUUGAGCACGUUCGCAGCACGGCUGCACAAGGCUCCGAAUGCUUCGAUAGAGAUGGUGCAUAAAGUCUUUUCGGCGUUUGAGGACGAUGACGAGUUCAGGCUUAUCAUCUUCGCGCUUAACCCGCUGUAUGUCGAGACGUACGACGCCGACGCGGGGCUGAAGAAAAUUCGUGAUACCGUCUUCCGUGCAGAAACUCACAAUGCCUUGUACUCGGAGCAGGAAAAGUACUUUGAUUACCGGGACGAGCUGCACAAAGUGACGGCUAAGACUUUGAUCGUCGUCGGGGAUCAGGAUUGGAUUUGUCCGCCGAGCCAGUCAAGCAUCAUUGCGGAAAAGAUUCAGGGUUCGCGAUUGCUGGUCAUUCCCGGAGCGAACCAUUCGGUCCAGGUAGAGAAGAAUGCUGAAUUCUUGCAAGCGGUGAGGGAGCUUCUGAAACAGUAG